GAGUAUGUUGUUUGAGAUGCAUAAACCAUCAUCAUGAAUAAAAAGUGAUUUUUCACUUUAUAAAUACCCUUCUUUGGUACUCCUUUAGUUUUCAUUUUGUGAUAUAUAUCUAUCUCCUUCUUCUACUUCCUGUCCUUAAUAUUGAUAUUAAUUUUGUUUCCUUUCCUCACAAGCUUGAAGCCAUAGAGUUUUCCAAAUGAAUCUAUGAUGCCAGAUUCUCCACAGAGAAAGAUUGGAAGAGGGAAGAUUGAGAUCAAGAGGAUUGAGAACACAACGAAUCGACAAGUUACUUUCUGUAAGCGUAGAAAUGGCUUGCUUAAGAAGGCAUAUGAAUUAUCUGUUCUUUGUGAUGCUGAAGUUGCUCUAAUAGUUUUCUCAACUCGUGGACGUCUCUAUGAAUAUGCAAAUAACAGUGUCAAAGCAUCUAUUGAGAGGUACAAGAAAGCAUGUUCAGAUUCUUCUGGUUGCAAAUCUGCUUCUGAGACUAAUGCUCAGUAUUACCAGCAGGAAGCUGCCAAACUGCGGGUGCAAAUCAGUAAUUUGCAGAAUCACAACAGGCAAAUGAUGGGUGAAGCUUUGAGCAAUAUGAGUGGCAAGGAUCUCAGAAACCUUGAGACUAAAUUGGAAAAAGGAAUUAGCAGAAUUCGUUCUAAGAAGAAUGAAAUGCUGUUUGCAGAAAUUGAGUAUAUGCAGAAGAAGGAGAUAGAAUUGCAUAAUAGCAACCAGGUUCUUAGAGCAAAGAUAUCAGAAAGUGAGAGGAGCCAGCAUAAUGUUAAUGUGUUGUCUGGAGGCACAAACUUUGAAUGUAUGCAAACGCCACAGCAGUUUGACCCUCGCAACUACUUCCAAGUGACUGGAUUACAACCCAAUAAUAAUCAGUAUGCCAGGCAAGACCACAUUUCUCUUCAAUUUGUUGCUCAUAUGUUCAUAGCAAAAGCAGCUAUAGAAUGAAGCCAAUGGUUUUAUGCAUAGACAGACAUAUAGAAAUGUCUUGAUGUAUUCGAGCUUAAUUGAGAGAAGAACAUGGGCUUAGAUUCUCUGUCAUUUAUAUUUUCAAAAUCUUAUGAUAGCAGCAUAUGCCUAAAGAAAAAUAUAAGCAGAACUAUGUGGAGGGGAUUUAUUUAAGUACUUCCCUUCAUUAUGUAGUGGCUUUGUAGAAUUUCAUUAUAAGCUUGCCCAUGUAUCUAAUGUGAAAGCUUAUAUUUUCUGUUUAGCAUUUGUACUAAGAUAUUAAGUAUGGAUAUUACCAUACUUAUGAACUUAUAAUGAAAAAAUGGGACGUCUUCAUUUACAUUUGCUA